AGGUGGAAAAGCGGGGAGGAGGAGCGUCGCGCUUCGGUUCCGCCUGCUGUCGGGCUACUGGCCUACCUGGCCAGGCCUCUUCCUAGCCACCCGCCAUGGCGUCGGAGGGACCGCGGGAGCCCGCGGGCGAGGGCAUCAAGUUGUCAGCAGAUGUCAAACCAUUUGUCCCUAAAUUUGCUGGGUUCAGUGUGGCAUGGUCAGAGUCUUCAGAAGCACGCGUUUUUCCCAGCUGUGCAGCCACGACAUACUAUCCAUGUGUCCAGGAACUAGCAGUGCCUGAACAGAAACUCUAUGCUGAAGAUAUGGCUUUUGGAGCUUCAACUUUUCCACCUCAGUAUUUAUCUCCUGAGAUCCCUCUUCAUCCGUAUGCCUGUUCUCCUUACACCCUGGAGUCGUCACAAAAUGUUUGCCCGGUGCCUGGCUCCCAGUAUGAUUACAACCAACCCAGUUGUUUCAGAGGUUUUCAAACCGUGAAGCCACGAAACGAGCACAUGUGCCCUCUCCCGCAAGACACAAAAGCUCUGUUUAAGAAGAAAACCUGUGAUGAGCCAAAGUUUGACACUAAGAAGACUGAUGGACCUAUAUCAUCUGAUUUAAAAUCAGUUAAAAGUUCACCUCGUAUGUCCAUUCAUGCUGAGAACAGUUUGAAAUCAGAUGGUUAUUAUAAACGAACAGACAGGAAAUCCAGAAUCAUUGAAAAAAGUGGAUCUGCCUCCAAACCUGAGUUUGAAUUUACCAGGUUGGAUUUUCCUGAACUGCAGGGUCGAGAGAACAGUGAGAUACCAGAGAUACAAAAGCAGCUCAAGUGGGGGCCGUUACGCUCUGCCUCUACUGACGUUCCUCUUCUAAGAGAAGUGGGGAAACCUGCUGCGGUGUUAGCAGAGGGUGAAAUAGUGGUGAGGAAUAAUAAUCGGACCGAAUCUGUAACUGAUAAUGCUGCUACCCGUCGCUCUUCAUGUACGAGAGAAUUAUCUUGGACACCAAUGGGUUAUGUUGUUCGGCAGACAUUAUCUACAGAACUGUCACCAGCCCCUAAAAAUGUUACUUCCAUGAUAAACCUAAAGAUGGUUGCUUCAUCAGCAGAUCCUAAAAAUGGUAGUAUGUCAUCUUCUGAAGUUUUAUCUUCGGAGCCUUCGUACAAAGAGAAACAUGUUGUCCAUCCUACUAAAAAGUCCAGAGCAUCACAAGGUGACGAUCCUGAGCAAAAUGAAGCCUCAAGGAAGAAUAAGAAAAAGAAAGAAAGGUCUAAAUCGAAAUAUGAAGUCCUGACAGUUCAAGAGCCACCAAGGAUUGAAGAUGCCGAGGAGUUUCCCAAUCUGGCAGUUGCAUCUGAAAGAAGAGACAGAGUAGAGUCACCGAAAUUUCAGUCUAAACAGCAGCCACAGAAUAAUUUUAAAAGUAGUGGAAAGAAGAGCCAAAUUCCAGUACAGUUGGAUUUGGGAGGAAUGCUAACCGCAUUGGAAAAGAAGCAGCACUCCCAGAAUGCAAAGCAGUCCUCCAAACCAGUGGUGUUCUCAGUUGGGGCGGUGCCUGUCCUCUCCAAAGACUCCAUGUCAGGGAAGAAGGGCCACCGCUUUGGCCAGGUGAAGACCCCGCACAACCCCUUAGACUCCAGCGCCCCCCUGAUGAAGAAGGGGAAGCAGAGGGAGGUCCCCAAGGCCAAGAAGCCAACCUCGUUGAAGAAGAUUAUUUUGAAAGAGCGGCAGGAGAGAAAGCAGCAGCGUCUCCAAGAAAAUGCUGUGAGCCCAGCUUUUGCCAGUGACGAUGUGCAAGAUGGAGAGAGCGGUGGUGACGACCAGGCCCUCGGGCAGCCUGACCCCUCAGGGGGAACGGAAGAGUUGGUGUCCUGUGCUUCCGUGGCAGAGAGCAAGUCAGAAGACCGGCUGGGAGCUGAGCCCCAGAAGGAGGUGGAGGCCUGCCCCAAGAUCCACAGCCGGCGGUUCAGGGACUACUGCAGCCAGAUGCUCAGUAAAGAAGUUGACGCUUGUGUUACGGACCUGCUGAAAGAGCUGGUUCGUUUCCAAGAUCGUAUGUACCAGAAAGAUCCAGUCAAGGCCAAGACCAAACGCCGACUUGUGCUGGGGCUGAGGGAAGUUCUCAAACAUCUGAAGCUCAGAAAGUUGAAAUGCGUCAUCAUCUCCCCCAACUGUGAGAAGAUACAGUCGAAAGGUGGGCUGGACGACACCCUGCACACCAUCAUUGACUACGCCUGUGAGCAGAACAUCCCCUUUGUGUUUGCUCUCAACCGCAAAGCUCUGGGGCGCAGUCUGAACAAGGCUGUUCCUGUCAGCGUGGUGGGGAUCUUCAGCUACGACGGGGCCCAGGACCAGUUCCACAAGAUGGUCGAGCUGACGAUGGCGGCCCGGCAGGCGUACAGGACCAUGCUGGAGAAUGCGCGCUGGGAGCUGCCGGGAGAGCCUGGGCGCCUCGCACCCGCGAGCCCGCCCACGCAGGGCCCCAGCUGCUCUGCAGAGGACAGACCCCUGGCCCCUGCCGGAAAAGAGGAGCCACACUACAUUGAAAUCUGGAGAAACCAUCUGGAAGCAUACACUCCACGUGCCCUGGAACUGGAGGAAUCGCUGGAGGCUUCGACCUCUCAGAUGAUGAACUUGAAUUUAUAAGAAGAGUUCUUUUCCUGUGUGUUUGUGUAUUGGGGGUAAGGGGGCGGGGGCUGAAAGACUUCGGGGUCUUUUUCUUCUUCUCAGUUCUUCGUUGACCUAGUGUGUGUUUUGUAUGACUGUUUAAUUGGGAAAUUAACCAGCGGUGUUCGUAGGCAUCCAAAAGCUGCGAGUCCCAUGGACAGGCACUUGGUAUGCUGGCGGAAACCUUUUCACCAAGCCUCGGGAUGUAGCCUUGGCCCUGUGAGUGCAAUAUGAGUCUGGAAAAUGCUGGAAAAGGUGGUACUCGGAGUACUCUGCUGCUAAGGGAGCGUCUCUCCAUUGCAGAGUAGCUGAGCCAAGUCAGUUUGUGGAAAGCAGCGGGGGGCCGAGGUGAUGUGGCUGGGCGGCAGCGGGGUUCCAGCCUGACGUUCCCAGUCCCGGUGACGGCACAGCCCUGCAGAAGCCGCUGGACGGGCGCUGCGGGAACCAGUGUCAGCACAGGAGCAGCGGCGGGGGGAGGGGUGCCUUUCUCAGGUUGUGGCUUUUCAGCCAGAAGAUUCGGGGGUACUUGGAGGGUUUGCUAAAAUGAGCCUCAGGAGGAAAAUCGGUUCUCUAACCUGUGACCUUUUGACAUAAAUUAUUCCUCUUAUUAUUUUGCAAAGAAACAAAUGUAUAUUGAAGUUUCUAAAUUUCGGUUUUCAUAAUCUACAAAUAUUUUCUUUCUCUUGUAAGUGAACAUAUUUUGAAUGUGGUUUCUAUCUUAGAGGCCAGAAGGAUAGAAGUUUACUUUCAUAUUUUCCUGUAAGUAAGAGGGCUUAUUUAUUUUGAAUAAAGAGUGAUUAUUUAAUUUCA